ACGCAGAGGAGAGAAGAAUAAGCACACGACCUGAUAGCGCCGAAGGAGAGGCUCCCAUCUAUCAACUACAUCCGGAGUCAGAUGAACAAAUCCCCGAAUGUGAUCCAUCAGGGGAUAGUCUCAUGGUUUCUGGCUGGGAUCAUUGGAAGAACAUUACGCUCUACAUGAUCGCGGGCUAUGUGCUGGGCAUUCUGCUGGUGCUCAUCUGGUACUAUCGCCAUCCGCGGCGUGCCAGUCAGGAUCUCACCCAGAAGUGGCUGCUCAUUGUUCUCUUCUGUCUUUUGCUGAUGAUCCUCGGCUACAGUCGUGCCACCAGAUGCGUUGUGGCACUGAUCUUUCCCACUCUGGGCAGCCAUCGAGGACGAGCUCUGCUGAUGGCUUUGGCCUUUUUUGUGGCCGGCACUGGGCCCGUGAUGAACAUCAUUCGAAACAUUGACAUCAUGGGGCACAGCCUCGCCUGCGGACAGAGUAGUUUGCGGCAGGCGCUCACACCCAUGCAGGACAUCAUGGGGCAGCCCAUAAAUGUCGUGGAGCGCUCAGUGGAGGGCACCAUUAUGCAGGUGCGAAAGAUCAUGGAGAGUCUGGACAAAGUCUUGCAGCAUCUCGAAGAACCUCUUGUGGAAAUUCAUGCCAAUUACAAGUCCUGUGGCGAAUGGCUGAGACUGCAGCACAAAUCCUUCGAGCUGCAGAUGGGCAAACCUUAUGAACGCUGCCUGGGAGCAGGAGCCGUCAGCUUGCACGAAUGCCAAGCCAAAUUCGGGAUCCAGCAGAAGGAGUGCAGUGUCAAGGAUCGCUUUGUGUGGUUCUGCGAGAACCUCAGGGAUAUGUCCAGCUUUUUUGAGCGCUCUGGCAAGCUGCAACAGGAGAUCAUUGAGGAGAUAUUUCAACGUUUAAAGAACAAUUUCACCAAAAUUCGUGCCAUCUUUGUGGUGAGCAUUGGCUUUGUGAACAAGCAAAGAAUAAAUGCCACAAAUGACUCUGCGGGCAGGGACAGCGAUGUCAUACUGGAGCACGAGAUCGACAGACACUUGGAGGCACAGAGGCGCACAUUUACUCUGUUCUUCGUGUGCCUCGAUUUGGCAGUCUUCAUUCUGGUCUUCACUGUCAUACUGCGUUCCAUUUACUUUCGAUUGCUGUAUCUGGGCAGCAAUGACUUCAACAAUGUGUAUCUGACGCAUUCGUUUGACUCCUACGACAGGGAGCGAGAGCCACUUGUGGGAGUUCGAGUUGUGCCUCUGCGUGUGUCCGAAAAGAACAAAUUUGUGAAGAUAACUUCCAUUCGUUUGCUGUCCGAGGAGUACCAGAUAAUGGCGGGUUCUAUACUCUUUUUGGUCAUCACUGCCGUGCAGCUUUUCUGCAUAUGUUUCGUGGAUUACAGUCUCUACAUAAUGCUCCUUAUGAUGUCAUAUCAUGCACACAAAACAGCGGGUCUUAAACCUCCUGCCUACACAAGAAUUGUCAUCACAAAGGGUGGCAUGAUCGGGGACAUACUUCGUAGCCUGGUCCACGCUUUUGAGCCUCUGUCCAAGAACUUGGGAGUGGGCACUGAAAAGUGUCUGCCAGUGCCAGGAGAGCCGAAUGUACUCCGCUACUAUGAGAUAUUGUCGCUCUGUGUCCUGGCCUGGCUGCUCGUCAUCUGGGAGCCCUACAGUCUUCGCGUGCGACAUUGGGUCAUGGCCUGCUUUUACCCAGAGGAUGCACAACGAAGAGUCAAGUAUUUGCAUGAACGAAUACUGAGGGAAAGAUCAUCUUUCAUCAAGACUGCCCGACGUAGAGCUCGUUCCGUGCACAUCUAUUCGGACAGUCAGCAAUUUGCGUGCAUCUCUUGGUGCAGUGCUGUGAAGAUUUGGUGCUUAAGCGGUUUUCCUUCUGCUUUUAUUGGCAAAACCUGCAUCAUCUGCAGCAAAGCUUUGACCGCCUCUGAUAGCGUGCAUUGUGACACGGACAAUUGUAGAGGCAUCUAUUGCCAAAAUUGCUUUAUAGAGUCGAAUAACUACUGUAUUCUGUGCACUGAUCCGAGGCAAUACUGGGACGACAGUGACUUAUCGGAGGUUGGGGACUCUACUGAGGAUUCUAAUGGUGGUUCGGGCACCCCAGAUGAUGCUGAUGUUGAGGCUGAUGAGGAAUUCAGUCAACAACGGAAGGGUCAUUUGUGA